UUUUACCAAAUGACACAAAAUUCGUCCUAAUUGCCCCUCCUGUUCUGGGUCUUGCUCAAUCUACACGUUACCAUUUUGAGGUUGUGAAUUGUAAACUUUAUGUAAAAAAGAUGGAUCUUAUGGAUGGUUUAGCUUUGGACAUUGCCCGAAAACUUGACACAAAACCCGCCCGUUAUGCAAUAAGAAAGACUAUGAUGAAGCCUCUUUUCAUUAGCCAAGGAAGAUACGAAUUUAAUGCCAAUCUCUUCAUGGACCAAAUUCCCCGAAGAAUAACACUUGGUUUGGUAGCAAACACUGAUUAUGUUGGAAAUUUGAGUCGUAGUCCCUUCAAUUUCCAACACUUUAACGUUCGGGAAAUUACUAUAAUCGCGAACGGGCGAAGUUAUCCCCAAGCUCCUUAUGACUUUGAUUAUAUGAAUGGAAAAUAUGUUAGAGCAUUUAACGACAUGAAUGAGGCCAUAGGACUUUCAAAUUCGUCAGAAAGCAAUGGUAUUACCUAUCAACAGUACGGUAGUACUCAUUGCAUUUAUGUUUUUGCUUUGACAAAUAGUGGCGAUGACCAGGGAGGAUUAUUUGAUUUAAUAAAGAACGGGACAACUGCCAUUAAUAUUAAAUUCAGUCAGCCUGUUCCCGAUGGAGGAAUUAUGCUUGUAGCUAUGGGUGAAGCGGAUUCAUUGAUUAUUCUAGAUAAAAAUCGCACUAUUGCCAGUGACACUACUAUAUAA